UCCCACACAUUCAUAUGAAACUGUUGAACUUGAACCCCUCGUUAGCCGUUGGUUCUACACCUUCAACCAUUGUCCCUUAUUCAUCUCAGCCACUUUCGUCAUUGCCGAGAUCAACUAGUUCUUCCUAAUGGGAUGUAGGUCUCUGUCCUACAAUACACUCUUUCCAGCUCUUCUAAAGGUUGCAAAGUCCCAUUGGCUACCAAUCUCUCAAAGGUCAAAAGUGUUUCAUGAUUCGUAUCCAAGUGUGCUACGACAUUGUUGUAAUAAUGGUUCUCCGGUGAAUUUUCAAGCAUUGAGAUCAUAUGCACGUGGGAAACGCAAAGACUAUGAUCUCUUUGGCAGUGGACGACCAGGGGAUGAAGGGUUCAAGAAAGCUUGGGCACAGGAGAUGGAUGAAGAUAACACUCUAUGGACGGGAAGUGAGGAUGAAAGUGAUGAAGAAAUGGGUUCAAAAAAUCAUCUUCAUAAGGAGAUAAGGAAAGCAAGACAGGAAGCUAAAAAGCAUGCAGAUCUGAUUGAUGCUGAUGACAGUGAUGAGUUAAGAAGUGUCUGGUCUGGCAGUGACGAGGAGAAGACGCUGUGGACUGGUGAUGAAAUGGAUAGUGAUGAUGAUAUUCCUACAGAAGCUUACCCAAAUGAAAGUAGCGAUAAGUACUUAGAUAAAUUAUUUGAGUUUGAUGAAAUGCCCAAAUACCGAACCAUCUCUGAGAUGUUAAAAGCUGAACAAGAGCCUGAGGAGUUGUCGCCGGGAAAGCAAGCUAGGAAAAUUGCAGUUGAGAAUGCUUUAAAGAAAUUAAAGAAAGGUCCAGAUGGAAGGUACACCAAUGUGUGGGAGGUUAUGAGUGAUUUAGAUAUUCUAAUUGGAGCAUUUGAAAAUGUUGUUUCAGGACCAGAGUAUGCAGAGCUUAGACAAGGAGGACCUAAACAACUAAAUAUUCAGUUUUUCAAGGACAUACAAGCCCGUAUGAGAGAUCCAAAUUACAAGUUCUCACCUGAGUUAAAAUUGAAACCAAAGAGUAAACUGGUUUCAAGGAAGAAGUGGCAAAAGGCCGAGUCUAGAAGGAGGAAAGCAAGAAAGAGAUAA